AUGUCUGAAGCUGACACACGUUACGAUUUCAUUGUCGUGGGGAGUGGCCCGGCGGGAUGCGCUACGGCGAACGGUCUGUCCCGUUCACCUAAAAAGCCAUCCGUACUCUUAAUUGAGGCUGGAGAUGACCAUACACAAGCCCAUCUCCGCGUCGAUGGGCAGCGAUGGACUACAUUCACCCGGCCAUCUAUGAACACGGAGUAUAAGACGGCCCCGCAGACCAAUUGCAACAACCGAGUCAUAGCUUAUGACCGCGGGCGUGGCUUGGGAGGUUCAAGUACGAUAAACUUUGGGGUGUGGACUACGGGACCUCGAGAUGACUUUGAUGAAUGGGCCAAACUGGUUGACGAUCCCGCCUUUGCCUGGGAUAGCAUGCAGAACCGGUUCAAAGAGUUAGAGACGUUUCAUUACGAUGUUCCAACUGGAACGAAUCCAUCGAGUGUAUCAUCUCAGACAAACGACCAUGGAUCUGCAGGGCCACUUCACGUUGGCUACGCCUCUGAGUGGGAACGCGAUAUCCAACCCUUAUUGCAGACAUUUCAGAAUAUGGGGUAUCCGAUCAACCCGGACCAUAAUUCAGGAGAUCCCCUGGGGAUGUCAGUACUGAUAAAUUCGGCUCAUAGCGGCCUUCGCUCCGUGGCUGCAGAUCUGCUGCAGCCCAAGCCGGAUAAUUUAACCAUCGUCACAGGAUCAGCCGUCCAACGUAUAAUUAUUGACGGGAAAAAAGCGGCUAUAUCGAUGGAUAUUGACAAUUGGUUAGACUUUGCUACGCACGAAGUCAUUCUCUGUGCAGGCGCCCUUGACUCUCCCAAAAUUCUCCUACAUUCUGGUAUUGGGCCCGCAGAUCAGCUUUCCAGAUAUCACAUCCCCGUGAUGCACGAUGUUCCGGCUGUCGGGCAGGGCCUUCGCGACCAUGCAUUUUUGAAUUUGACUGUUCGGCGAAACGAGUCGGAUAAUGAUCGCCGCUCCUUUUAUGGCAGCCAAGAAGCAAUGGAUGCCGCUCAGAAGCAAUGGAAUCAAGACAGAACGGGUCCAUGCUCGUCGAUGGAGUUCCAAAAUCUGCCUCCCUCGCAGAAAGAAUUUCUUCUCCGAGAAACUGUCCCGCACUAUGAGCUCCUUACUCACUUCCCAAUUCACUACUUCAUACCAGGAUUUGCGCCAGAAAACCUGAGUUACGACACGCUUUUGAUAUUUCUGCUAAAUGAGCAAAGUCGUGGAGAGGUGACAUUACAGUCAGCCGACCCCAACGUGCCGCUCAAAUUUGAUCCCAAUUUUCUUUCUCAUCCCUUCGACCAACGAGUGUGCAUUGAAGCACUACGGGCUGGCAUGGCCGUUAUUCGACACCCGUUAUUUGCCAAGGAUAGCGAAGCUGACAUCAUUGUCCCGAAAGUGGCUACCUGUGAUGAUGGUUUGCUCGAAUUCUGGAGAGAAAACAUGACCUCGUCUUGGCAUAUGGUUGGCACUGCUAAGAUGGGGCGGCUCGGCGACAGAGAUGCUGUGGUUGAUGCCAACUUCAAGGUUUUGGGUAUUUCAUCGUUGCGAGUAGCAGAUAACAGUGUUCUACCGAUUCUUCCAAAUGCUCAUACCCAGAGCUCCGCCUAUGUUACAGGAAUGACGUGUGCGGAGAAGUUGAUUGCGGAAUAUCAAUUGGCUUAA